GAUCACUCAAUGAACAAUGAGCUGAACAAGGCGAUACUUUGUCAAUAUUGUUCUCUCUCUUUUGUUCCUCUCUUUUCGAUCCAACUCGACCUCCCAAAAAGUGAACCGAGCCCACUAGAAGUCACACGUUCGUGCCUUCAAAGUCGAAGGGUCAGCUUCAGCCAACGAAACUCAGGGUUCCGAGUUUGUCAACCACGGAAAGUGUAGGCGUGGUCAGUGGCUGAAUAUGUCAGAGGCCAAGUCCCUUGAGGUCCUCCAGGCAGCUGGAGAUAUUGUUCUUGGCGCAGCUGGAUCUGCAAUUCCCCCCUCGGUGAAAUUGGACCACCUGGUUCGCUACUUGGGAACAUGGUCUGGCAGCGAUAAACUCAUGAUGCUCGUCCAGUACACUGCUAAACUCUCUGCGUUGCCGAUGACUCGGUAUGCUGAGGCAGAGCAUCGUUUGGGUCGUCGCCUGGCGCCUGCUUCCCCCACCGCUGAAGGGCUGUUCAAAUUUGCAGGGCAGCUUAGCCUCUCUCGGCGCGUCUCCGGUCUGUGGGGCCUGCUCGCCAUUCUCAAAGGCAUCUCAGCCCUUGAGCGCAACCCCGCGACUUCCAGCCUCCAGCUGACCCUCCAACGUCUCCAAGGGCUUUCAAUGCUCAUUUAUUACCCACUCGAAUACCUCGCUUUCUUCUCAUCUCCGUUUGCGCCCGUCAUUCCUCCACGCAUCAUCUCGCCGUCUCAAUCCACCAAGAUUCAGAUGUGGAGCAUUCGAGCCUGGGGUGUUUACGUUUUGCUUCAGGUAUGGAUAUGUGCGAAUGAACUGGGGGAGCUAUCUUGGAAGGAGGACGCAUUCAGAAAGGCGCUUGAAGAGAAGUUGGAAGAAUUAGAGAAGGUGGAGGGGGAGAAAGGCAAGGUCAAAAGUGAUUUAGAGAAAGUGCUGAAGAGAAAGAAGCAGGUUAGGUACCAAUUGAUAGCAAAUGCUUCUCGCCUGCCUGUCAUAUUGCACUGGUCCCUGGUCAAAGGAUUCUAUAAGAAUGAGUUUUGGACGAACUUUUACUCUUUCAUUUCCGCCGUUGCAGCCUUUCGAGGCGGAUGGGAAGGGUCGCGAUUGCCGUCACCCAUGCAUUGAUGACGUUUGACAGAAUCACACUGCUCUCUUCGGGCUGCUGCAAUAUUAUUCUCGUGGAGAAUUAGCUUAGAUUCUAACUUAAGUGUGUAUGUGAAAAUUGUUGGACGUCUAGACACUAUGGUCUGCGCCAAAAUUAGCCAACUGUGACUCGAUAUUCUCCCACAUUUUGAUGCAGCUGUCCAAGAUCAAUCUCUCGUUGAGAGCAAAUCGUACUGCGAUCUCUGUCCGUCGCCGAUAUC